CAAUAGUUUGCCUUGUACAUCGCGCGGAGACAGUAUGACUUUCGCAUUUGAUUUUUUGAGAAAGCGCGGUGGCGAACCCUUCUUCAAGAAGUACGCAAAAUUAUGCAUUCUAUCGUCAAAUACAAUGUGUCGUCAGUUGUAGUGUAGUAAAAAAUCAUAAAAACCUGAGUAAACCUGGACCGGCCCCUUCGUUGGGGGUACGUCGAAGUUUUUUUGAUUGCAACCCGAGAGUUCUUUAUACAAAACUAUUCGAGGUCUCGAGAGCAUUAUUUUCAAUCAUUGAAACGCGAAUUUAUUAAAUCUCGUGAUUAUUCACGAAGAUUUGUGAUUUUUUUCUCUCUCCCUUGAGAGAGGAAAAUAGAAACGCAACGCCACGCAAAAAAAAACGUCAGGUUACAACAGAACAGAAACGCUGAUAAAGAAGAAGAGUGUACGAAAAGUCAUUUCCAAUGUAAGUUGAGAUGAAACGUGUUUGUGGGGUGGACGAGGUAGAUCCGUCAGCGACAGUGACAUUGAAAACCUCCUCGAUUGGUGGUGGAACAAUUUUAGGAAGCGGGGGGGCUAAUUUGGACUAUCAUACUAGUGCUGGAAUUGGAGUUGUAUCUGGACAAACAAUUAGACCGAUCACGUCAAAAGAAAUGCCAGGAAGUAUUCAAUUCGGCACUGCUCAAGCUCAACAGCAAUAUACAGGUGCAAUUGUUAUGCCAACUGCAGCUCCUUCUCCUGUCAAGGGGAAUGUGCCUACAGGAAGUCUAAGUUCAACCUGCAGUGCAAGCAGCAUAAAUACUGGAGGAGCAUUGCAUAAUACCGGGAUAGGUACAGGAGGAAAUCAUAGUAUUGGUCCUCAACAAUCUACUCAAGGCUCACAAGUCCAGUCCCAUUCCCAACAAGCUUCUACUAUUCGACAUAAGAUGCAUCCUAGCAACGCGCCAACUUUGCCGGUAACUCCGCCGAGCAGUAAUUUAAGUGCCGGCACUGGCGGACAACAGUUUCAAAGAUUAAAAGUCGAAGAUGCACUUUCCUAUCUUGAUCAAGUCAAGUAUAAAUUUAGCGAUCAACCGCAGGUUUAUAACGACUUCUUGGAUAUUAUGAAGGAGUUUAAAUCACAAAGUAUUGAUACACCCGGAGUUAUAAGGAGGGUGAGUCAUUUAUUUAAGGGACAUCCCGAAUUAAUUGUCGGUUUUAACACUUUCUUGCCACCGGGUUAUAAAAUUGAGGUCCAAUCAAAUGCAAAAGGAUACGCGUAUCAAGUAUCCGUAUGCGUACCAGACGAAUCGCCUGCCCAUAUGGCCACAGUUUCGAAACAUCAUUGCACCGUUAGUCUCAGUUCGUUUCCGACCUCACAUCCCCCAAUUCAAUCGACAAAAGAGCCACCUGUUCUUCAAAGCAUGCCAGGUUCUGGAAAUAUUCAUCAUCCACAAGCAAACAAUAUUUCCAAUAAUAAUAUGACGGUACAUGGCCCAUCGUCACCACCAAUUCAACCCUAUAAUAAUUCACAUGUAGCCGCAGCUCAAGCGCAAGCCGUGAGUCAGGCAUUGAGUCAAGCACAAGACGGUGUUUCCAAUAGUGGACAAACACAACAAAGUCAACCUGUCGAGUUUAAUCACGCCAUUAAUUAUGUCAAUAAAAUUAAGAAUCGAUUUCAAGGCCAGCCGGAUAAGUAUAAGAAAUUUCUAGAAAUUUUGCACACAUAUCAGAAAGAGCAACGGAACCUUAAAGAAUCGGGACAUAUGGGUGUUGGUAGUGGAAGUUCACUAUCAAAUACCGGGAAACAUUUAACUGAAGCUGAAGUUUAUAGUCAAGUGGCUAAACUUUUUGAAAAUCAAGACGAUUUACUUCAGGAAUUUGGACAAUUUUUGCCUGAUGCAACGAAUCAACAAAGCGCACUGACUUUUAAUUAUCGCAUUGAUGAAAAAUCUAACUCUGAUUGGUGCCAGUCUGCUAUGUUUCAGACUAAUAAAGUUGGUCCUGUUAAUGAUCAUUCAACGAUAACAAAGAAACCUAUAGGGAUAAAAACGUCGUACAAUAAUUCGGGUUCAUUGCCAAGGGAUCAUAGCGAUUCAAGUGGAAUAGGAAAUCUUGAUCGAGAUAAUCGUGAGCAUAGGGAUCGUGAACGUGAUCGACAAAGUUCACGUGAUAUUGGCGCUGGACAAAAAAUUGGCCAUAGUACAGGACAAUUAAAAAGAAGUCCAUCGUUUUCAACUUCAAUGUCAACGGGAAAUUCACAUCAUAUACAACAUGGUCCACCACCAACUAAAAAGCACAAGGUCACUUCCGCUCGUGAUACUUCGAUUGCGGAAGUUGGAAAAUACGGCAGUCUAAAUGAUUAUGCAUUUUUCGAUAAGGUACGAAAGGCAUUGAGAUCUCAAGAAGUUUAUGAGAAUUUUCUCCGUUGUUUGGUAUUGUUUAAUCAGGAAAUUGUAUCAAAAUCUGAAUUGAUACAAUUGGUGACACCUUUUUUGGGAAGAUUCCCUGAAUUAUUGCGUUGGUUUAAGGAUUUUCUUGGACAUGUACCGGAUCAAACAAGUACAACAUCAACGAAUAUUACAUCGUCCCUUGGCAUUGAAGCAUUACCGAAUAAUGUCGUACGAAGCCAUCAGGAUAGACCGCAAGGUGAUCUUGCUAUGGAAAUUGAUUAUUCCACGUGUAAAAGGUUAGGAGCAUCGUAUUGCGCGCUUCCAAAGUCAUAUAUGCAGCCAAAAUGUACAGGAAGAACGUCACUUUGCAAAGAAGUUCUUAAUGAUACAUGGGUAUCGUUCCCUACGUGGUCGGAGGACAGCACAUUUGUCACUUCCAGGAAAACACAAUACGAGGAAUUUAUUUAUCGCUGUGAAGACGAAAGAUUUGAAUUAGAUGGUGUGAUUGAGACAAAUGCAGCAACAAUAAGAGUUUUAGAGGGUGUUCACAAAAAGAUGAGUCGCAUGAGUCAAGAGGAAUUACAAAAAUUCAAACUUGACGAUUCUCUUGGUGGUUGUUCACCGACAAUACAUCAGCGUGCUGUGAAAAGGAUAUAUGGUGAUAAAGCAGCCGAUAUAAUUGAUGGAUUAAAGAAAAAUCCAAUGAUUGCCGUUCCUGUUGUUUUGCGACGUUUAAAAAAUAAAGAAGAAGAAUGGCGAGAGGCGCAAAAAGGAUUUAAUAAAAUUUGGCGUGAACAAAAUGAGAAAUAUUAUUUAAAAUCAUUGGAUCAUCAAGGUAUCAAUUUUAAGCAAAAUGAUGUAAAAGCCUUAAGAUCAAAGAGUCUCUUUAAUGAAAUUGAAACACUUUAUGACGAGAGGCACGAGCAAGUUGAUGAUAAUAAUGGCGACAAUCAAAAUGGUGGCGGUCCACAUUUAAUAUUCUCAUAUAAAGAUAAAUCCGUAUUGGACGAUGCAGCGAAUCUUUUGAUACAUCAUGUUAAACGACAAACUGCUAUUCACAAGGAGGAUAAACAAAGGAUAAAACAAUUAUUAAAACAUUUUAUUCCCGAUCUCUUUUUUCAUCAACGGCAAGAAUUAAGUGAUGACGAGAGAGACGAUGAUGAGGAUAAAGAUGAAUCGAGUAUUAGUUGUGGCAAUAAUACAUCAACGGGAAAUGCAACGUGUUCCAUUGGUGGUCUUCAAAGUAGUAGAAAUAAAUGUACAUCGUCGCCAGCUCUGUCUUCCACGACAACAAUUAAAAUUGAACCUGACAUUAAAGUACCAAUUCAUAGUCUUUCAAAUGAUCCCGAGGAAGAGUAUGUUCUCUUUAUGGCGAGUAAUAGUUGGUAUCUAUUUCUCAGGCUUCAUCAAACACUUUGUGAGAGAUUAACCAAAAUGUAUGAGAGAGCAGUGGCUCUCGCUGACGAGGAAUCUCAAUAUAAGCAACAACGAAAAGAAAGUACCGCCGUUGCUUUGAGAUUGAAACCGAAAAGUGAGAUUCCGAUAGAAGAUUAUUAUCCAGCAUUCUUGGAUAUGGUAAAAAAUGUACUCGAUGGUAAUAUGGAGAGUACGGCAUAUGAAGACACACUUCGUGAAAUGUUUGGUAUUCAUGCCUACAUUGCAUUCACCUUGGACAAAGUAGUCAUUUAUGCUGUGAGACAAUUGCAGCAUUUGGUAUCCGAUCCAAUUUGUCAACAGUGCAUGGAUCUUUUUCAACGGGAGCAAAGGCAACCAAAGGAAAGUGGUGGAGCUGGUGGACUUUGUAUUACGGCAUAUCUACGAAUUGGUGCUGAAAUGGCCUAUCAUAGAAAAGCCGAGAAGGCCAUGGCUGAGGAAAAUUGCUUCAAAAUCUACAUUUAUAAGAAAAAUUGUAGAAUGACGAUAGAGAUGUUGGAUACGGAGGGUGAGGAUAAUACGGAUGGAAAUUCACGUGAACGAGAAUCGGUGGCGGCAAUGGAGAAAUGGUCAUCGUAUGUCGAGAGAUAUUCGACGCCAACGGGGGGCCAAACGAGUCCAAAAGACUCGCACUCGUUGCCGGAUAAUGAGCCACCUUCUACCACCAAUCAACCUGUGAGUAGCGACCAGGCAGCAAGGGGGGGGAGGGGCAGAAAGCGCAAGAACACCAACACCACUGACAUUAACAAGAAGAUCGAUGGAAAUGAAAUUUGGCAGACUGUACGCAGAAUAAUGUCAAAUCGCAAGCCAACAAUGCUCCCUCGCAAUAUUCGACAUUAUGAAAAUUAUGCUGCAAGGAUAAGUAGAUCUGCUCAGGAUAGAAAAUCGAAUUCAAUGAGUGGAAAAAAAUCAUUUGACCCAGAGGAUGUUGCUGAUGGAACUGAAAUUAUUUCUUCACAUGAGAUGGAAUGUCAAUUAGUACCCCUUGAUUAUCGUCUAUUCUUUAUAAUGAGUGAAGGCGAAUUUUAUUAUAGGUACAAUUCUCUCUCAAGAGCAUCGGAAUCGCAUCUAACAGUGACGAAGAGUAAAAAUGCCAAAUUUCAUCAGUGGUUUGAUAGUUGGGCAAACGAGCAUGUAAGUGAAGAACAACAUCGAAUUUGUCAAGAUUGGUUAAUGGGACGGUAUGAAAAUUUAAUACCUCAUAGAACGCAUUUGAUUACCGAUAAUAAUCAGACAAAAACACCAUAUCGUCAAUAUAAUCGAUAUCGUGUUGAAUAUUUACAAUAGAAGGAACUUGUUAUGAUAAAUCAGAUCUCUUCAUCGUCAGAAGAAACUUUUUAUCACGCCUUUAGUCUAUAAGAUAUGUAAAAUAUUCCUAUAUAAAUAUCUUCCCCCCCCCUUUUUUUUAACUUGAACUAUUUUUUUUUCAAUAUUACUAUAUAUAAGACAUCACAAAUUAGCUGCUUGUAUUUAAGAUUCUUCGAAAAUUAUUGACAUACAAUUUCAAAAUCAAAUGUUUUAUUAAAGGAGGAAAAUGAUAAUUAAAAGUUGAUUACAAACUAUUUUUCGAGUAAAUGAAGUCAAACAUUUAUUUAUUAAAAAUUCUUUUCUUUUUUGUACUUUUUGUUAGAAAAUAUAUUUUUUUUUUAAUCUAAAAGAACGUUUUAAUGAAUAAUUAUUUUUUUUUAUUAAAAAAUUUAUUACAUUUCCUUCGAAAAAUUAAAAAUAAAUUUCAAUAAAUUAUUGGUGAAAUUUAAUUUUCUUUGCAAGAUUAAUUUCUUUUUUUUUUUUUUUUUUUUGUAUCAUCCUGUUGGAAUAAAAUUUGAAAUUGUGUUUCAUUUACUGAAAAUCUACAAAUUGUAAAAAUUCGAAAACUAUAAAGAAAAACGCAAGAAGGUUGUGAUUUGAAUAGAGCUAAAGAAAUUCAACGAAAUGCCCUUUUUCUCGUAUUACCGAUGCUAAUAUGUCACCGACAUUAUUCUAAUUUCUAAUUUGUAUUUAAUUUUGAUUUAGUUUAUAUUGUACAGUAGUGAGGUUAUAAAAAAAAGAAGCUUCCACGGUUUCAUAUUGUGUUUUUUUUUUAAAGCUCUGGCGAUAAUUUUUGUAUAGUAUUAAGUCUUUUAUAUAUACAUAUACUUAUUAUUAUUAUUAUUAAUAUUAUGAUUAUUAUAAUCCUUGAAAAUCGUUAACUGUAAAUAUAAAUGACGAUUCCAUAUCGUUUCAUUCGAAGAAUGUUUUACUAACAACCUUAUUGCGAUGUGAUAACAAAAAAAAAAUCCAAACCUUGUCGCAAUUAACAAGUAUUAGUUUUUAAUCUUAUUAUCCUCUUUUUUCAAAAAAAAAAAAUAUAUAUAUAUAUACAUAUAUAUAUUUUUAAUGUCUUUUGACUAUUUUAUGUUAUUUUUUUGUACUUGGUUUGAGUCCCAAAUUUUAUCUAGUAAUUAUGAAGUUUGUCCAUUUGCAUUGUAAGAAUCGCUCCCUUUAAUUUUUAAGAAUUUAACGUUUAAAUGAAGAAAAAAAAAAGUAUUUGUACAUGCAACUGAAAGUCCAAGUAUAUGAGAUAAACAUCUCUUCUUCGUGGAAAGAGAACAAUUUGAGUAAAUUAUAUAUUCAAUUUAAUGUUUAUAAAAAAAGAAAAUUAAUUAAAUUCUGUUACAUUCUCGUUUUUUCUUUUUUUAAUGAGAAAAAUAAUUAUAUAUAACUUUUAACUUAUCAUUGACUAAAACAUGAGAUUUGUACAGUUCUUAUUGUAUUUUUUGAUUACUUUUUUUUAAAAAUUAAUUACAUUAGAUAAGAUUUUUUGGCAAUGGAAAAAAAAAGUUUUUCUCGAUGAUUGGUUAACAAAAUUUUUAAUAAGAAAAAAAAAAUAAAUAAAAAUCAACAAAAUCCUUAGACAAGUUGAUUGAAGAAAUUACGAGAGUUUAUAUUUUUUGGAAAAUUAUCGUUGAUUAUUUAUUUAGUUUUAUAAUAUAAAAAUAAAAUUUUCAAGAAUUCAAUAUUUAAGAAAAUAAAAUUUUCCAAAAAAUUGAAUUCUUCAAAAUUGAAAUUAAUUCGCGAGUUUUGUAUAAAAAAAAAAAUUAUUUAUUUUUAUAAUCGGCUAUAAAUCUAAGGCUCAAUCGUCGCUCUUUUCACGUUAUGUGUUUUAUUUAAAUUUUUUUUUCUU